UUGAUUAUUGCUAUACUUGAUCAAUUGAUUGAAUAUAAAAGCAAGGAUUAUUAUUCGCAGAAAAAGUUGAUUUAUAGUGAUUAUUGCCAGGAAAAAGGCUCUCUAACUCUGCUCUGGAAAUCUCUAUUUAUAUUGCCCAAGGUCUUAGCAAAGAAACAAAACAUAUUUCUGAUUGAGUCGUCUUGAGAUACAAUACCAAGUAGCUGCAUUCAAACCUCGUGAUAAUACUGCUCUGUAAUUACGAUCAAAAUUCGCGAUGUGAAAUUUCUUGAGUUCUACUUCUGCACCUCAUCGCGCUCGAUGCUUAUCAGCACAUCAUUGCAAUGCUGGAGGUGAUGGACCAACGCCGAAACGGCAGCGGUGGUGGUGGAGGUGGUGGUAGAACCACCCCUACCAACACCGGUAGUGAUGGGGGUUUGUCCCGUUUCGGGGGAAGCCAUCGAUCAUCGUGCCUAACCAACCGCUACAGCUCCCCAAACAUCCACGCACUCAUCCACAACCAUCAUCCUAACUGCUCUGGGGGCAGUGGUAGUGCCGGCGCUAGUCCCGUGGCCAGUAGGGAGAGCAGUCCUCUGCUUCUCAAGCGGGCCAUCGGGCUGUCCAUGCUGCAGGUCGCUGGAAACUGUUCUUCAGGACAAUGUUCGCCGGUGUCACAGCAUGAGAAACUGCACAGCACACUCAAGCGAUCCAACUCUCUUAAGAGGAUUCUCAGGAUGCCGCUCUUCGGAGGUCCAG